AUGGCGUUCUCUUCUCUGCUCAGAUCUACCAAUGGAGCUGCUCUGAUUGAAGUGUCUAGACCUAAAAUCUUUGCGCCUCUUACUUCCUCUUUUCAAACAUCGUGCAUUAGUUCCAAUCGCAGCCCAAACUCUGCAAGAUUUCAGUCAAGUGUAUUUGGCUCUGCUGUUCUAGGCGGAUCAUCUGUUUUACAGUUGAGUAACGGAUGCAAUGUCAAGAGAGUCCAACCCAUUAAAGCAACGGCCACUGAAUUGCCACCAACUGUUCAGAAAUUGAAGACCGGUGGGAAGUCAAAGGUUGGGAUCAAUGGUUUUGGUCGGAUUGGAAGAUUGGUUUUACGAGUAGCAAUAUUCAGGGAUGAUAUUGACGUGGUGGCAGUGAAUGAUCCUUUUAUUGAUGCUAAAUACAUGGCCUACAUGUUUAAAUAUGACUCUACUCAUGGAUUAUUCAAAGGAAGCAUUAAGGUUGUAGAUGAUUCAACCUUAGAAAUCAAUGGGAAGCAGAUUAAGGUUGUGAGUAAAAGGGACCCUGCUGAGAUUCCUUGGGGUGAUUAUGGAGCUGAGUAUGUUGUUGAAUCUUCCAGUGUUUUCACAAGAAUUGACAAAGCUUCAGCACAUAAGAAGGGUGAAGCCAAGAAAGUAGUUUUAUCAACUCCAUCAGUUGAUGCUCCCAUGUUUGUGGUUGGAGUAAAUGAGUGGACAUACAAGCCAAACAUGGACAUUGUUUCAAAUACAAGUUGUACUACCAACUGUCUUGCUCCUCUUGCUAAGGUCGAUUGCUACUUGUUUUUAUUUUUGUUUUGUUUUGGUUCUUGUUGUAGUUGUUUUUUCUUCUUCUUUGUGUGUGUGUGUGCGCAUGUGGUCUGGAUGAGUAGAAGAAACAGAAACAGAAUUGAUUUACAAAGAGUAGAGAGAUCAAAAGAAAAACCAAAGACUGACAGUCUUACUAGAAACAGCAAGAUGAAAAGUAUGGGAAAUUUCUUUAUAAAGCAACAAUGAGCUGUGAUUUUUGUAAUGAUUAGUGAAAUUGUUCAAACUUGAUUUUGAAUUUAUGAAUGCAUCUGGUUAUAUUUCCUUGUGCUUUUGGUUUUAGCUAAUAUGCUUUUGGUCUUGCUCCUCUUGCUAAGGUGUGUGCGUGUGUGUGGAAACAGCAAGCUACAAGAAUAAGAAAUUUCUUUAAAAAGUAACAAAUGAGUUGUCAUUUUUUGAAAUGAUUAGUGAAAUUGCUUCUUUCACUUUAACUUUUUUUGCCUUCCAUGAAGAUUGGGCGAAAAAAGGUCUAGUUGAA